AUGAGGCGUGGGGUGGGAGCGAAGUGCUUCGGCGCGGAGAGGCGUGGCCCGUCCACCGCGCCGCUGCGGCGACCGGGGGGCGCGCACGGCUGCCGCGGGCGGCGCGCGCGGCGCGGCGGCGGCCCUUGGCUAUCUGACGCGGAUCCCGAUAUACUCGCGCCGACGCGCCGGCGGCCACUUGGCCGCCUCGCCUCUGCCCCCGCUGCACCCCUGCUCCACCCGUUGACUCCAGCCCAGGUCGACCGGGGACGGAAGCGGGACCUGAGAGGGGGCGGAGCGAGACGAAGAGAAGCGGUGAGAAGCGAGCGGGGAGAGGGCGCGGAACAGGGAGUCGUUGGUGCGAGGAGAUGGGACGCAGGGGGCGGAGCGGCGGAGCGCGGCGGGGGGCGGGUGGGCGUGCGCGCGGCCAUCGCCAGCUGGACUGCAUGGAGGAGUUCAGCGAGCGCGGAAGCAACGCGGGCGGCGGCGGGCGGCGCAGGGCGCGGCGUCCCACCCAAGGAGGGUGCUGAGGGGCAGCUGACGGCGGCGGGCGCGCCCGGCGGCCAGGCGCUGGGGCCCGGCGCCCUCGCCUCGCGCCAGUCCAGCGUCACGCCCGGCCUGCGCUACCGCAACCUCGGCAAGAGCGGCCUGCGCGUCUCCAACGUCGGCCUCGGCACGUGGGUGACGUUCGCGGGCGGCGUGAGCGAGGAGCAGGCGGAGGAGGUGGUGCGGCUGGCGUACGACAGCGGCAUCAACGUCUUCGACCUGUCGGAGGCGCACAGCGGGCCGCGCGCGGAGCUGGAGCUGGGCCGCAUCCUGCAGCGCCGCGCGUGGAAGCGCGCCUCCUACAUCGUCACCACCAAGGUCUACUGGAACACCAAGUCCGACGAACGAGGGCUGUCGAGGAAGCACCUCAUCGAGUCGGUGAAGGCGUCGCUGGCGCGCCUGCAGCUCGGCUACAUCGACGUCGUCAUCGUGCAUAAGGCCGACCCCAUGUGCCCCAUGGAGGAGGUGGUGCGCGCCAUGAACCACGUCAUCUGCAUGGGCUGGGCCAUGUACUGGGGCACGGCGCGCUGGUCGCCCGUCGAGGUCAUGGAAGCCUACACCAACUGCCGCCAGUUCAACUGCGUCACGCCCAUCUGCGAGCAGGCAGAGUACCACAUGUUCUGCCGCGAGAAAACCGAGCUCUACAUGCCGGAGCUCUACAACAAAAUCGGCGUGGGGCUUAUGGCGUGGUCGCCGCUCACCAUGGGGCUGGUGUCGGGCCGGCUCGAGGACGGCAUGCCGCUCUUCUCCCGCUCCUCCUUCAAGAACAAGUACUCGUCGUUCAGCUGGACGGAGGACGAGACGGCCAACAAGGAAGUGAGUUGCCUCCCCGGGGCGGUGCCGGCCCCGCCUCGCCCCGCCGCCCCGGGCGCUGCGCACCGCAGGCACCGCAGGGCACCGCAGGCGCUGCAGGCGCCCUGCGGCGCUCCCACGCUUGAGGGCUACACGUGGCUCAAGGAGCGGCUCCAACCUGAGGAGACGCGUCGCCAGCAGGACAAGCUGCGCGACAUCGCGCAGCUGGCGGAGAAGCUGGGCUGCUCCGUGGCGCAGCUGGCCGUCGCGUGGGGGCUCAAGAACGAGAGCGUGCAGUGCCUGCUGCUGGGCGCCGCCACCGUCGACCAGCUCUACGAGAGCAUCCAGAGCCUGCAGCUGGUGCCGAAGCUCAACUCCAGCACCAUGUCGGAGCUGGAGCGCAUCCUGGACAACAAGCCCACGCGGCCGCCCAUGGUGUCGACGUUGGCGCUCAGAUGACAAUCAAUGUGCCCCCCAGGCGGGGGCCCGAUGGGGGGCAACGGCCUGGGGGGCGGCGACCAGUCGCCCAAGGAGGAGUCAAUCCAGGAGGAGUCGAAGGAGCAGAAGCUGCCGUUCUGCAGCAUCCAGUGACAGCGCCUGGGGUCGCCCGGCAGCGCCAGCCCGGUGUGACGUCACCAAGGCACCAAGAGGUACGUCUGUGCUCUCAGGACACACGGAAUGCAUUGACUGCGGGGGCAUCGGUUUCUACGAGUCGAAAACGUUCCGCAUUCGAAAAGCUGUUCUGCCGACGUGACCAACUACUGUCCUUUCACGUGGUGGAAGACUGCAGCGACGGAACCCGUCAGUCGGCUUCCUUGUUUCUUCGCCGAGGCGCCCCGCGCGGACGCAGGCUUGCGUUAGCGCCUCUACGCCGUCGCGUUGCAUCCUCCGGGGGACCCCCAGCGCCGCUCCGCACCGCACCGCGCCGCGCCGCGCCGUCGUCGUGGACUCGUUGGCUCUCGCAGCCCCGCCCGGCCGGCCGGCCCGCGGACGGGCGCGACGCCACGCGAUG